AUGCCGACCGCGCGCGUGACGCUCUGCCUUCUGGUGGCGGCGGCGGCCCUCGGCCCGGCCGAGCCGCUGCCUGACAUCAGGAGCAUCGUGGCGCGCGUGGUGGACGACGCCCGGCAGCAACUCGUCAGCGCUAUCGGCUUCUGCUCGGCCUCAGCCGCCAAGCAGGCGGCGCCGUUCCAGUGCGUGGCGGCCCCCAUACCGUGCCCGGACGACGAAGAUCCCAUCACCAUCGGCAAGGAGACCUUCUGCCAGGCCGCGUGCCCGGCCGGCCUCGACACGCUCGACCAGGCCGACAUGUUCGUGUGCGUCAUGGUGCGAAAGACGGCCUGAGGCUCUGAUGACGUCACACUGCCGGCGGACGGAGGGCUGCGCCGUGCGGGACUGGCGAUAACGUCGCGCGAGGCUGGUGACGUUACUGCGGACUGGCGCGCUUUCGAACUGGUGACGUCAUGCUGGACUGGUGACGUCAUGCCGGGCUGGCGGCGAUGUCAUAAUGACCUGUUGAUGGCGUCACACCGGACAGGUGGCUACAGCAUAUCGAACCAAUAUGCCGUGAUAUCAUAUAGUUCACAUCGAAUUAUACAUGCCAUGAUGAUAUCAUAUUUAUUGUUAGACUGGCGAUGGCGUACCAAUGCACUGGUGACGUCAAACCUGACCAAUUUGUACGCUGCACAACACUAGCGUGUUAUGACGUCAUCGACACCGCUGAACAGCAUGCCGUGACGAAUGACACUUCCUCGAAGCUGCGCCAUGCUGAUCGUCUGAACUUUGCCAGCCGAGAAAGCUUUACUUCGCCGACAUGUCUUUCGGUCAUCCACUGACGUCACAAGAGCAAGCGCUAUUUCUGCGUUGGCCGCGGUUCGGUCCCUGGUUGGACGCAGAAGCCUCGGCGGCUGGCCCGCACCGCGUCGCAGAGCGCGGAUCCGUCCCGGUGUGGGCCGCAGCUCCAGAGCCCCGUCGCCGGCCGGUGGCGGUGCGCAUGUCGGCCUGUACGGACUGCGUUACACACACAUGAGCACGCCAUAGCUGUCUUGUCUGUGCGUUUGACGGUGGGCUGAGAGUGUUACCAGGAUGAGCGCGACGCAAGUAAAUGCAAUGGCUUG